GCUGUCCAGCUACAAAAGGGAUCGUUGUGGUCGCCCAUUCGUUGCUUGGUAUUCAAAGAGAAAGGUGCGGCUCUCGAUUUCGUUGUCCUAUUCGCAGGAAGUUCCCAGACGAUAUCCCAGUGACAUGGUACCGGUUGUCUUUAAAAUUAAACUUACCAUAUUACAUACACAUCACAUUGUAAUAUGGGUUCUAUUUAAGCCAGUGAAUCAGAAGAGGCAACUACACGCCAUUCACGCCGUUUGUACCGUGCCGCGUGGUCCAAUUGUGGACACUGCAUAUGCGCUCUUUCCCUCCUCUGAAUUAUGAUUUGUGUUUCUUUAGAGCUUAACACAGAAACUAUUGACCUUGCUUGUCGAAUAUUACACAUACUUGACGCCCAACAAAGAUCCACCAUACAACUUGCAGAUCACUUCUACACAACACUCAUCACCAUUUCUUGAGGCGUUCACGUUCUUCACUCCCCUCCGCCAUCCCAUUCCCUCAGACAAAUUCUCCAUUCGUUCGUUCAAUCUACAAGAUCUCCAUCAAAUAAAGAGAAGAGAUUGAACGACAUGGAUCUCGAUGCGGUUUUAGAAGCUCUGCACCAGAAUUCAUCUGCGUCAUCUUCUAACACAAGCACAACGGCAGCUUUACUCGGCGGACUCCUACCAACUACCCUUCUAGAAAAUCUCGUUCCCGGAUAUGGCUACAUUCACAAGAUUGUUUUACAAACCGUUGGUUUUGAUAUCACGGUCCUUGUUUCUCUCUGGGCUGCUUUAUGGCUGGGAAACAAGGCUUUCGAUGUAUUAUAUUCAUGGGCAUGGUCAUUCGUGAGAUCAUACUGGAUGUCUGAUAUCUCUAUCAGUAGCAGAGAUGAAAUUCACGACGAAGUUAUAGAAUUCCUGGCACACAAGUACCAAAUGAAAUCUUCUCGCUCUCUUCAGGCAGAAACAGCACGACGGGGAUAUUGGGACUUAGAUAAUGAGGACUCAGUCACCUUGACACAGCUUGACGGAACCGGUAUUAUACAAUGGCUCAAUUUUGCUGAUCAAGAUUCCAAGACUAAGCCGCAAUUUACACCGUCUAUGGGAGCUAGUCAUACUUUUUGGCAUAAUGGUAGAUACUUCAUGGUCAGGCGAUCGGAAAAAAUGGUCUUUUCGUCCUCUUCGUAUGGCAACCCAGUAUCUGACCAACAAGUGCUGCUCAUCUCUUGUUAUGGUCGUAGCACAACACCUAUCAAGGAAUUUCUUCAAGAAGCUAAAGAUUAUUCAAACAGAAAUCACAGUGCAAAGACUGUCAUUCGUCGACCUGCAAACAAGGAGCGUCGAGCAUGGGGAGGUCGAAGCUCUUGGAUUGAGGUGGCGAGAAGACCUUGUCGUCCAAUGAGAACUGUUGUCUUGGAUGAGGUUAUGAAAACUAAAGUACUGCGUGACAUUAACGAAUACUUGAAUCCUUCUACUGCUCGUUGGUAUGCCAUUCGUGGUAUACCUUAUCGCAGAGGGUAUCUCUUUCAUGGACCUCCAGGAACCGGUAAAACUUCUUUGACCUUUGCCCUUGCUGGCGUUUUUGGGGUGAAUAUCUACGUUGUUAGCUUGCUAGAGCCUACACUUACGGAAGAGGAACUCGGGAAUCUCUUUACCAACUUGCCACCUAGAUGCAUUGUACUAUUGGAGGAUAUCGACACCGCAGGUCUAACGCGUGUCAAUGAAGAUAAAGUUGAGUCGUCGGAUGAAUCUAGUUCCGAGAGCAGCAGCAGCGAAGAUGAAGACGAACUGAUCACUAAAAAAUCACGAAGAAAGGGCAAGAGCAAGAGCAAGAGUAGACGGAGCAAGGGUAAACGAAGCAAGAAAGGCAAGAAAGGUAAGAAAGAUGAUGGUGAAAAGAAAGGAAUCUCAUUAUCCGGUCUCUUGAAUAUUAUUGAUGGUGUAGCCUCGCACGAAGGUCGUGUCUUGGUGAUGACUACCAACCACCCCGAAAAGCUAGACGAAGCUCUCAUCCGACCAGGCCGCGUAGAUUGUCAGGUUGCAUUCACAAAUGCCACUCGUCAUCAAAUCAAAGAAAUUUUCGAGCGGAUGUACUCUAAAGACCCGCCACGGGAGAAACUUAUCGCUACUACCUCACCAGCUACUGAGCCCAUUAUCCAAAAAACACAAGUUCCUCUUGAAAGAGAAGAAGAAAAAAUCCCUCUUCUCACCCCAACUUCAGAUACCACAACCCCAGAGUCGGAGAAGACAUAUGCAAAUUUGAUUUCAAAUCCACUUGCGGGAAGUCGUCCUCUUACUCCACCAGAUACUCCUAUCGCCAUUAUAAGUGAAACUUGUGCCACUGGAACUGAAACAGAAGCUACUACUCCUGCGGGAAAGAAGACCCUCACAAUAGCUGAUAUUGAGAAAAAUGUUGAAGAAGAAACAUUGGAAGAGGGGGAACUUAAGAUGUUAGCAAAGCAGUUUUCGGAACAUAUCGAGGACUAUAUGUUCAGUCCAGCUGAGGUUCAAGGAUUCCUUUUGACAAGGAAAAAGGCGCCUAGAAAGGCUGUUGAGGAGAUUGGUUCCUGGGUACAGGUCACGAAAAAGAGUAAGGUGGAGGGUCAAAAGUUCAUAUAGGUGUACUGGGGGUGGGAUGAAGAGGUGGACUGAUGGGUGGAGUGAAUCAUUAUCGGUGUGUUUUACGAAGUGCAAUUGGGCACCUUCUCGGAAACUUGAUGAGACAUGAGACGUAGUGUACUAUACAUACAUAGUUUGGACACGAGAAAGGAGGAUUGAUGAGAAAGAGAAAAACGAGAAAAAGAGAGAAACAAAACAACAAAAAAAAGAGAACAGUCAAUGGAGGGAGAUGACUUCAGCGACACGAUACACGACUUUUUUUUUAAUCAAAAUGGAGGGAAUCUCGUUGCUUCUUUAGUUCUCAUACUUUGCUUUGCAUUUCCAUUCUUCAUCAUCGGGUGAGGAUGGUGUUCUUCAUUAACAUUUUAUUUUAUCAUUAACGUCGGCGGCACGCAGCAUUUCCUAUUUAUUCAAGCUAUUCAUCCUAUUUACAAUGAAACAGUGGGGUGUUUCGUCUACUAGUGGAUACUCACUUACUGGAUAUCCAAAUUUGCAAGACAUGACUUUUCAUUUUUCUAUUUUUUUAACAUUUCUUUCAACAUACAAAAGGGACUUGGAAUGGGGAGGGAUGGGGAAUGAGUGAACGUAGCGUUUUGCGGGUAGCGGGUAGUGAGUUCGCUGGCGAGAAAUAUGCAUUCGGGGUAUGGGUGAGAGCGGGGUCAAAAUGGGAAAGGAAAGGAAAUGGGAAGGAAAAGGGAGAGAAGAGCAUAGGUGAAGUGACUGAAUCAAACAGGAGACGAAGCGGGAGGUGCAAACGGAGGUGGGACUGCAAAAUGGGGCUCUCCUCCUGGGUUAUGGGGUAUGUCUUUUGGGGUAUGGGGGUGGAAAAGGACUUGUAUAUGAUUAAUAUUCGUAGUUUUUGAUAGUCGGUCUAAUUUGAUGCGUUGGUUUUU